CAAGUUUCUGCUUCUCUGAAAACCGCUCAAUUCUCUCUCUCGCGUAGGAGCAGAAGGUGUUUUGAAGAGCAAUUUGAAGCUUGCGCGUGAAGUUUGAUUGCUAAUCAAAGCACUGCGCAGAAUUCGUAUGCACCGCGGCUAGGAACUAUGCAGAGAGAAAUCUCAAUCUCGACCGGAAUCUCCACUAUGCCUUUCAACGGUGAAUUCGAUUUCGAUCUGAAUCCGCUGAUGUACUCGUCGAUUUUCCCGCCAAAUCAUUCGUCAGGCUUCGAGAAUAACUACCUAAACGACGACGGAUCCUCCGAUUUCUCUUCCGCUGGGGGCGAGAAAGCCUAGCUCCGUGCUUGCCCCAAUUCCAGCAGAUGCUGAGUCAGGACCUGACGAACCGCCACCGCAUGGUGCUGACGCGCCUCCGCAGCGCGGCGAAGCAGGCGCAGACGCUCCGGCAGGAGAACGUCAAUCUGAAAAUGGCAAACCUCGAUUUGAACAAUCGGUUGAAUCUUCCCCAACCUGCCGCCGCCUUUUCGGGUGUGGCCGCCGAUCCUCUUCCCGGGAUAUGGAAAAAGGGGGUAAGGGGAGCAAAGGGGGGGAACCCGAAGGGGAAAAACAGGGGGAUGUUCAAGACGUGCAACAAAUGGCAACAGACCGGAGCCUGCCCUUACGGAGCUAACUGCCAGUUUGCUCAUGGCAUUGCUGAACUCCGACCAGUCCUCCGCCACCCUCGUUACAAGACUGAGGUCUGCCGCAUGGUCUUGAACGGCGUCCCUUGCCCCUACGGCCAUCGCUGCCACUUCCGCCACACUCUCACCGAGGAGGAGGAGCUCGUGAGGGCCAUGAAUACCAGCACUCUUCAACCUAUGAACUACCGGUAACACAUCUUCAUGUGAUUACUCUUUAUCUGUGCUUUGCAUGAAAGAGAAUGGUGUUAUGUAGAAGUGGAUUCGACGAUGUAAGUAAAUAAGCAUCAAAUGUGCUAGUAACAUUGAGGCUUCGUUCGCAUAGAAUUCAUGUGUCAUCAUUUUGAGACUUUUCUUUACGUUUAAAUGUCAUUAUUCAUAAUAAUGCUUUGCCACACUGAUCACUUGGUUGAAAACUCAUUUUUGCGAUGUGUAGUCAUCAUUCAUGCUAA